GAUCGCAACCGCUUGAUCGAAUCGGAAUGGGCGCUCUUAGUUUUGCUCUUCUCUUCACGGUUUUUCUCUAUCUGUUAUCAUCAUUGUCGAACGCAUAUAAUCUUGGAAAAGUGACAACAACUGAACAAUUAAACGAUUUCGUCAAUAUUAUUAAAAUACCGAAAGAAAUUCACAGUAAUAACAGGGAAAUCGAAUUAGAGAUUGUGGAUGGCUCUAUGAAUCCGUUGAUAGUAUCAAAACCUGUAGCCUCCAUAAGAGACCCAACGAAACUGAACGUAGGUUUUCAAGCUAAAGUUGAAUCGAAAAAUCUUCCAUUAAGCCCCAUUCGAGGAGACGUCUCAACGAAUGUCCAGCUUGCGAAUCAAGCGAAAUGGUUACAAGACACACUAUCAAGCGAGAGUAAAGCUUCUAAAGAAUUUUCGUCGGAAGAGGAAUGGAUUAAAAAUCCGACGAGGGGCCCUAGAGACAGGGAAGAAAAACAGAAAGAACGUGAAUAUUUUUACCUGUACGUUCCAGAUAUUAAAGAUAUAUUAAGAGAUAAGUUUACCAAGACGAGUAUGCAGCUUGGAUUGGAUGUCGGUGUCACAUCGAAGAAAGACACAGACGAGAACGCGAAUAAGAUCGAUGGCUUGGUCAUCAAUAAUCGCUCGAGAGAGAAGAAAAAUUACAUCUGGCUCUGUAAAAGAUUAAUCGAUGGAUCGUUAACGAAUUUGAUACAGAAACUGCGUGGCAAGGACUGCGUGAAGCUCCCGAAGAGUGAAUUUUAUCUUGAAUCAAAUACGAAGAACGUGAAUUGGAAAAAGGACGACACAGUUAGACUGAUAGGAUUAAAAAUCGGGACGAAGACUGGCAACGGAAAAGAUUACAAAGACUUCGGGAGUGGAAGUAACGAAAAUAAACAGCGGAGCGGAGCGAUGGACAUGAUCGAAGCUUCAAUUUUAAAUACUUUGGCUAAUUAUGAUGAAUCGAGCAUGAAAGCGAUCGACAAACAUGGAACGGAUCUAAACAUCAAGAUGCCUUUAGUCGAUGGUAGAAUCGCUAAUCUCUUGCGCGACGGUAAACUUUCGCUAUCCGCGUCAACCGCGUUAAAAGUGUGAGAGAAUGAUAACUAAUCUGUCUGUUAAAUU